AUGCUUUCUGUACAAGAUGAGAGGUCGAAGGAAAAGAAAGUCGUCAUCCUUCGAGAGUCUUGGUGCGAGUGUCCAUGCGUCAAGGAAUCAUAUAUCCACUUAAUCGGGGAUUUCGAUGCCACAGGACAUUGCAUCGUGGAUGAUUCUAGGAACAUGGUUAUUCUCCAUCCGGACCACCUGGUCUCUGCAACUGUCGUGGCAGACUCGAUUAGUUGCCAGCGCCGCGCCGUCCUGCAGGAUCGAAUCAAGUACACGUCCGAGCUAGGCAAAGCGCAAGUUUUUGGGAACAUAUUUCAUGAGGUGUUUCAAGAAGCAAUCAAGCUCAACAAAUGGGAUACGAACUCGCUAAGGACUUUGAUUGAAGGCGUGACUGUCAAGCGCAUCGAGGAUCUAUACUUGAUCCGCAUGACUAUUCCGGAGGCUGUUGAAUAUAUGAUGAGUCGGAUACCGGGCGUGCAGGCUUGGGCAGAGCGGUUCCUCAGGUUAAAGCCAAGUGACCGUGGCAACUCCAAGCUGAGUUUAAGUAUCAAUAAGCUCCUCGAAGUCGAGGAGCAUAUUUGGUCUCCAAUGUAUGGACUCAAAGGCAACGUUGAUGCCACUGUGCAAGUCGCUUGUCAUGACGGCGAGAGCGAUAAAAACCUGGUCGUACCACUUGAGCUCAAAACAGGCAAUAGGGAUACAAAUCAGGCUCACAGGGCACAGACGGCUCUGUAUACUUUGCUGCUUUCUGAUCGCUACGAUGUGGAAUGUACCUUUGGAUUGUUAUAUUACCUCGAAACAACGAAAAUAUUCCGGAUUCGUGGCAUCCGGCAUGAGCUCCUGCAGAUGAUCCAGCAGCGAAAUCGCAUAGUCGGAUACAUGCGCCAGAGAACGCACCUGCCGCCGAUGGCCAAGAAGUCCUCAUUUUGCAACAAGUGCUACUCAAAAACACCUUGUUUCAUCUACCAUAAGCUUGCAGAUGAUGGUGAUGGUGAAACUAGCGGUCUUGGUGAUGAUUUUGUCAACGCCAUGGACCACCUGACUCCUGAUGAUCGCGACUUCUUUCGAAAAUGGGAUGAUUUGUUGACCAAAGAGGAAAAAAGCAUGAUUCGGUUCAAGCGCGAGCUUUGGACCAUGCUUAGCAGCGAGCGCGAGGCUUUGGGUCGAUGUUUUGGCAAUGUCGUGAUCGACCCUAAUUCCUCCUACGAGGAGAAAGAUGGACCCAAGAUUAAUCGCUAUCGCUAUACUUUCAUCAAAAAACAAGCCCACCCAUCAUUUUCAUUUACUGAAUCCCAGCUCACACUUGGAGAACCAAUCGUGGUCUCUGAUGAGAAGGGCCACUUUGCUCUUGCAAAUGGAUACGUUGUGCAAGUCAGCCGAAGACACAUUACCGUCGCGGUAGACAGGAGGUUACAUAACGCCAGAACGAGAGCUAGGGGCUUUGAUGCCACGCGUAACCAGUCGUUCAAGGGUAUAAUGGAAAUACUCGAGGACGGUGCCUCCCCGUCACCGGCUGAGUCGGAAGAAGAGCCGGUCUACCGUUUAGACAAGGACGAAUUCAGUAACGGCAUGGCAAUUGUCCGAACGAACCUCGUUUCCAUGAUGGAACGGGAUCUAUUUCAGGCUAGACAGCUGAGGAGGUUGAUCGUUAAACGGGAGGCGCCAGCUUUCAAAACCACUGCAUCUGCAUAUACUUUGUCUGAAUCUGACAAGGCAGCCUUAAACGUCGAUCAGCGACAAGCCAUCGACAAGGUCAUGUGUGCUGAAGAUUAUGCCUUGGUCCUUGGAAUGCCUGGUACUGGCAAGACUACCACCAUUGCUCAUAUCAUUCGUGCCUUAGUGGCACAAGGCAAGAGCGUCCUCUUGACCUCCUACACUCACACGGCGGUUGAUAACAUCCUACUGAAAAUCAAGGAUGAUAACUUCCGUAUCUUGCGAAUUGGGGCUCCUGCAAAAGUACAUCCUGAUGUUCAGCAGUUUGCUGAAUUGGCAGCGGUGCCUAAAAGCACAAUGGAAGAGCUGAAAGCCUCAUACGAAGAUUCGCAGGUGGUGGCGACUACCUGCCUCGGGGUCAGUCAUGGUAUCUUCACCCAACGUAUGUUCGACUAUUGCAUAGUUGAUGAGGCUUCUCAAAUCACGCUUCCAGUGUGCCUAGGACCUAUUCGAAUGGCUAGGACGUUUAUCCUUGUUGGUGACCACUAUCAACUGCCUCCGUUGGUGCAGAAUAAGGAGGCCCAAGAAGGCGGCCUGGAUGUCAGUCUUUUUAAAUUGCUGUCUGACUCCCACCCCGAUUCCGUUGUCAAUCUGGAACACCAGUAUCGAAUGUGUGAGGACAUCAUGCUUCUAUCUAACACCCUCAUAUAUUCUGGUCGUCUCAAAUGUGGGACUGCAGAUGUUGCAGUGCGCUCACUCACUGUUCCCAAUAUUGGCGGUCUCAAGCAACAUCAUCCCAGCACCUUCCCUCAGCCACGUAGUCAGCGACAGGUUUGCUUGGGCACAAGCCAAGGCCGUUGCUGGCUCAAGGAUCUGGUCGAACCGUCUGCCAAAACUCGACUUGUUAACACAGAUACGCUUUCCAUACCUGCACUGGAUGUGGCAAACGGUUCACGGAUUGUGAACCCUACUGAGGCAACUAUUUGCAGCCGACUCGUUGAAGCAUUCAUUUCCUGCGGCAUCCCCGCACGCAGCAUAGGUGUCAUAGCCCUCUAUCGAAGCCAACUGUCACUCCUAAAACAAAACCUCAGCCGCUACCUACCGGAGCUUGAGAUGCAUACGGCAGACAAGUUCCAGGGCCGAGACAAGGAAGUGAUCAUCCUGAGCUGCGUGCGGAGCAACACUGACAAGAACGUCGGUGAUCUACUUCGUGACUGGAGACGCGUCAAUGUCGCAUUCACCAGAGCACGGACUAAGCUUCUCGUCGUCGGAAGCAAGAGUACUCUCCGCGAUGGCAACGAGCUCCUUGGAAAAUACGUGAAACUAGUCCAAGAGCGAGGAUGGGUCUAUGAUCUGCCUAGAGAUGCCAUGACGGAUCAUAUCUUCGAAUCUGAAAUGGUACCAUCGCAGUCUUGUCUGGACAGGUCUACACCUAGUCCAAAGAAGGGCAAGAGCCCUGUGUCAUCCAAGAAGACAACCCGCAGUCCAUUCGGUCCCGUUCAGACUCGACUAUCGCCGACUGGCUUGAAGAAACCUGCUAAAAGGGGCGCUAAGUUGAUGAGCGGUGGUAGAGUCCUUGGGAAUCGACCUGUUCUGCAGGACAUGGUUAAUGAUCUCAUCGGAUAA